ACUUUGCAAUUUCAUAAAUAUUCUUUUACAACGAAAAUACAAAUUCUGAGUGUGUGGGAGAAUAUAUUUAUUUACCCUUUCAAUAUCAUAUGCAUGUAGUUUUCUGUAAGAAUGCGGAAUGAGGAGAGCUGUAUUUGAGACGCCAUGUCAAUUGUAAAUGGACGAGCAUGUCAUGUCUGUAUAUAUGACCCAUAGGAACAGUGAUCGUAAAAAUAAUUCGAAUCAACACGAAAAUAUCAAUAUAAAAGAAGGGUUUGAUCACACGGAAAGUGAUGCGACGCAUCCAAUUUUACGCGUUGAUUACAGCCUACAAGGUCAGCUGGUUCAGUGCUUGACGUGUUGUGAAAAAUUUGAGUACAAUACCUUUAGUGACAUUUGUUCACAUUACACGUAUUACCAUAGUCAGAAUCAAGGCGGUUGUGCCAAGUGUUUAUACUGCUUACGCGACGUCCAUUAUUAUUUACGGGCGGGGAAGGUGCAUCCAGAAGCCUUUCACUAUUGUUCGCCCCGGAAGCAAAAUUAAAUUGCACUAAGUCGCUAGUAUGGCUAA